CAUUGUGGAAAAAGGAUGAAGUUGACCAGUGAAAAGUUGCCCAAGAACCCCUUUUAUGCCUCCAUAUCUCAAUAUGCUGCUAAAAACCAAAAAUCCUUCCAAUGGAAAAAGGAAAAGACUGAUCAUUACAGCCAUGCUAAUUUGGUGGAUAAGGCAUUGCAGCUCUUGAAGAAAAGAAUACUGAAAGGAGACACUCUGGCAUAUUUCCUGAGAGGUCAACUAUAUUUUGAAGAGGGAUGGUAUGAAGAAGCAUUAGAACAGUUUGAAGAAAUCGAGGAGAAAGACCAUCAAGCAACUUACCAGCUAGGAGUGAUGUACUAUGAUGGGCUGGGGACCAUUCUAAAUUCUGAGAAAGGGGUGGACUACAUGAAGAAAAUUCUUGAUUCUCCAUGUCCCAAAGCAAGACACUUAAAAUUUGCAGCUGCUUACAACCUCGGAAGAGCUUAUUAUGAAGGAAAAGGUGUUAAACGAUCAAAUGAGGAAGCCGAAAGACUGUGGCUUUUCGCAGCAGACAAUGGAAAUCCCAAAGCUAGUGUGAAGGCUCAAAGUAUGCUCGGGCUGUAUUACUCAACCAAGGAGCCCAAGGAGUUAGAAAAGGCAUUUUACUGGCAUUCAGAAGCAUGUGGCAAUGGAAAUCUGGAGUCGCAGGGUGCACUUGGGCUCAUGUACUUGUACGGACAAGGCAUCCGGCAGGAUACGGAGGCUGCCCUGCAUUGCUUAAGAGAAGCAGCAGAACGCGGAAACGUCUAUGCUCAAGGGAAUCUCGUGGAGUAUUACUAUAAGAUGAAAUUUUUUACAAAGUGUGUUGCAUUUUCUAAAAGGAUUGCUGACUAUGAUGAGGUGCACGACAUCCCCAUGAUUGCCCAGGUCACAGACUGUCUCCCGGAGUUCAUCAGCAGAGGCAUGGCAAUGGCAUCCUUCUACCACGCAAGGUGUCUCCAGCUCGGCUUGGGCAUCACCAGGGACGAAGCAACGGCUAAGCACUAUUAUUCUAAAGCUUGUCGUCUGAACCCUGCACUGGCAGAUGAACUUCACUCCUUACUUAUUCGUCAAAGAAUUUAGACCACAAUGUAUUUCAACAAAGAUCAUCCAUGCUAACACCGCACAAUGUGUGUAUCUUUAUAGUAGCUAUGACUGGUUAUUUUGCAUAUCGCAAAUUACACUAUCCUGGGUAUUUUACAGGUAACAUGUUACUUCGUUCUUGAAUUUGUACGCGGUUAAGUUUUGCACCUUGAAACCUAGACACAAGGUCAAAUUGCUGCAGGAGUCCUCAGAGGUCCACCUCUUACCCUACAGACUGGCCUAGACCAUAUCAAGUAUCAAAACCAUUCUACACAGCAAGUCUCUUUUUUCCUUUCUUAAAUACCAAGUCUCCAAAAAGACUUAGUUUAGCUUUAGUAAGUUCAGAAGUAGAAAUGAUACAAACGUAUUUAAAACCAUCAUUUGAAAGUUUAAUUCUUUAUAUUUGUCUCUUAGUUUUGUGAAUUUUGAAUGUUUAAAUUUUGUUUCAGUCAUUUAAAAUUU